GGCAUGACAAUUAAACCUCUAGUCAACCUUCUUCAAAUUCAGAAGCGAAGGGUUGGGCGUAACAAUUUAAAUGAGGAAAUCAAUGGUACUGCCAUGGAUCACAUCAUGGCUGGCGUGGAGGAGAUUCUUGGCCAGCAUGGAGACUUUUACCUCAGGGAGCUGAUGAUACACUACAAUGAUAAGUACCUCAAAAAGUGGUUUCUCCGGCCUUCGUGUGAAACAAAACUACAAAGGCUUUUUGAAAAAAUUGCCAUUUCGUGAGUAUGAUUCUGUAAUCAUAAUUUGGGUUAUACAUUUGCUAUAUUGGGGCCAUAAUUUUCUUCCAUCAUUUUUGUUCAUUGUCUAAAAUUUAUCAAGAGUUAUAUCUAACAAUCAAUUAUUGCACAAGGGAUUUACACAUUCCAUGUUAUCAUUG